AUAUAUUUGUUAUAAACAUGUAUACGUAGUUAUUGUCAAGAAAUUGACCAAUGUUCCAACUUUACAAAUUGAAAAAUGAAUAUCAUUAAGAUUGCAGAGGAGCAACUUAAUAUCAAUAAAGGUGCUGAUAAAGAUGCAAGUUAUGAAAAUCAUGAUUUUGAUCAACAAAUAAACUUCGAAAGCUCAGAUACACAAAAGAUUUUUGAUGGAAUCAAGUUCAAUCACUCCUUCGGAGUUACAGAUAGAUGUUUAAGUGAAGAGGUUGUAGAAAUUGAUAACCAACAACAAUCAAUUAGUGAAAGUCAACAAGUCCUUUUCUUAACUGAAGAUGGAAACCAACGAAAUUUUGUUGACCAACAACAUAUAUUUAAGUUUAAUACGUAUACAGAGUUUAAACAAACCCUUGCAGAAUACGAAGCACAAACAAUUACAAAAUUUAUUUUGAGAAAUCAAUCUAAACAGUUUACAGCUCCUGUUUGUCUGCAUGAUAUUUUACGGAACGAAAAGAAUUAUUCAGAUUUACCAAUGAUUCGUUGGGAAUUUUGUGCUGCUAAAGAUUUCCUUCCCAUUCCAUUUAUGGGAAUUCCUUAUAUUACAGUUGGAAAACAAGUUUUCCAAUGUCACCAAGGAAAAGAUUAUAAUACUAACAAAAAGCAACAGUAUGAGUUGAAAAAGGAAAUUCUUAACCAGGCUACUCGCAUUCAAAUUAAAUCACGUAAUAAAGGACCUUCAAAAAAGCUUGAUUGUCCAGUGUUAUUUGCUGUUCGAAAACUUUACUUUUUUCCUGAGUAUCCUUUAGAAAAUGAUACUAAACGAAAUCGAGCUUUGAUAGCUCAAAAUUUACGUGCACAUCUUGCAAAGAUUAAACUAGAAAAGUGUGUUUGUGUAAAGUCUGAUGACAAUUAUGAAAAUGUUGCAUUAACUAACCUUCCUGGAAAGCUUGAGUUUCUUACUCGCUUUCCUCCAAAUAAUGAACAUAAUCACAGUGUUGCAAAAGCUGCUAGCUUCAUAAAAUUGCAAAUGAAGAAACUUGUUUCUAAGGCUACUGAAAACACUAUAAAGAAAGUGGCUGAAGUCAAUCCUUUUCAAUAUGAUAAGCAUGUUGAGCUUAUUACAGCUUUACGUCAAUCUGGAGAUCUUGAUCAGUUGCGUACAGCAAGAGAAAACAUGGCAAAUGUGUACCCUCUCAGUGAAUCUAUGUGGCUGGAAUGGUUUUCUGAUGAACUGCCUCUAGCAAUACUUCAAGAACACAAGGAAUAUCUCUUGGAAAAGUUUGACUUGGCUGUCAAAGAUUAUACAUCUGUUAAACUUUGGCACGAAUAUUGUCAAUUUGUCAUGAAUAACAUUGAAUCUCCAUCAGAUAUUGAACGAGCGAGAAGCGUUUUUGAGCGAGCCAUAACAGCAGUUGGAUUAAAUGUGGCUGAGGGCUCAUUAAUAUGGGAUGGAUAUCGAGAGUUUGAAAUGGCUAUUCUGGAUUCAUACCAGCAACUUCAUGAAUCAGGUGAUACAAUUGGGAUGGAAGCAAAAGUUGAUAUGCAGAUUGAUAGAAUACAAUCUCUUUUUAAAAGACAACUUUCUGUUCCACUUUUGGGAAUGUCUUCAACAUUCAAAAUUUAUGAAGAUUGGUUACCAGAAUCUAUACCAAGUGAGGUUCAUCGCAGCUAUGAAAGAGCUUUACAGAAACUUUCUUUAUGUACAGAGUAUGAAGAAAAGCUUAAAUUAUCAAUUAAUGCUGCUACAAAUGUACCUAGUUUAAAAGAGUAUUUAAAUUAUAUUAAUUAUGAAAUAAAAGAUGGCGAUCCAGCAAGAAUACAAUCUAUCUUUGAAAGAGCUAUUAAAGAUCAUUGUCUCGAACAUGAACUAUGGAUAAAAUAUUUAAAUUAUUUGGAUUACAAGUUAAAGAUUCCAGAUAUAGCUUUGGUUGCUCAUAUAAGAUCUGUAAGAAAUUGUCCGUGGGUUAGCUCAUUAUGGGUCAAAUACAUAAAUGCUCUGGAGCGGAGUAAUAAAGACUAUUCAGAAAUAAAAGAGGUAUUUAACCAGUCAUUGAAAGGUGGUUUUUCUGAAGCCUCAUCUUACUUACAGUUAUGGCUAGCAGAUUGUGAUUAUCAUAGAAGAAAAGCUGUUGAGUCGUCAUUUGAAUCUGAAAAAGUUGAUAAUCUAAGGCAAUCGUUUGAAGAAGCAAUCACUUAUAUGAAUCACCAAUUUGGAUUAGAAGGUGAUAAAGAUUGUGUUUUAAUGAGAGAAUGGGCAUUUAUUGAAGCAAAAUAUUUAAACAAUGUGAAACGUGGUCAGGAGCUCUGGGACACAGUAAUGAAGAAACAUUCAAAGGAUGCCAACAUGUGGCUUGAAUAUAUAAAUUUUCUUAUGUUGUUUACUGAUCCUUUUUCUAUUCGUCGAGUUUUUCAACGUGCUAUACAAAUAAGUUUUGAACAACCUGAGCAAAUACUUGCAGCAUUUAUUCAGUUUGAGCGUCGAUAUGGCUCUCUGACAGAGCUUGAUGAUGCUCAGCAGAAAGUGGAUACACAAAUGUUUAAAAUUAAAGAGAAAAAAGAAAAGGAAGCCUUAAAUCAUCCACCAGAGAACAUUGUUAAGAACCUUAAGAAAGAUCAAGUAAAGUUGAAAAAAAAAAUGAAAAAAGUUACAAAAGAAAAAAAUUUAAAAAGAAGUAAUAAUGAAGCGAUGGAAGUAGAGUCUCCUAUAAAAAAAAAAAAGGAUGAAGCGAAUACAUUGGUAGACAAAGUAAUUACUGAAACAGCUGUAAAUACAGAUUUUAAUGUAGAAACUGUGCAAACUGAAGCUGCAUUGGGUAAAACUGAACUUACUGAGCACCUUCCCACUUCAAUGUCACCAUUAAAUGUAAAUGAUAGUAAUCAAGUUGUUCUUAACGAUGGUGAACAAGUUCGAAAGGUGGACAAUGAGUCUAGCAUAUUCAUCAGCAAUUUAUUAUUUUCAGUUGAUGAAAAUCACAUAAAAGAUAUGUUUGAAAAGUGUGGUGAUAUUGAUACAAUACGUAUUGUGAAAAAUCGUGCUGGAAAGUCAAAAGGGUAUGCUUAUUUGCAGUUUAAAUCCAAAUUAUCUGUUGAUUCUUCCUUAUUACUUGACCGUGAGUCAAUACUUGGCAGACCAAUGUUUGUUUCAAGAUGUGUAGAUAAACAAAACAAUCCAACAAAAUUUAAGUUUCCAACGCAACUUGAUAAGCAUACCUUAUAUGUAUCAAAUCUUCCAUUUGAAAUGACUGCAGAUCAAGUUACAGAGCACUUCUCAAAAAUAGGAAAAUUGAAACAGGUCCGGCUUGUUACUAAUCGUUCAGGAAAAUCUAAAGGUUAUGCUUAUGUUGAAUAUGAAUCAGAAGCAGAUGCACAAUCUGCAAUUGUAAAGUUAGAUCAAGUUCCUUUAAAUGAUCGACCAAUAAAUGUGUCUUUGUCGAAUCCUCCAGCUCGUAAGAUUACCGUAGCUCAUGAAGACAAACAAAAAGUUCGUAGUAACGAGCCUGGAAUACGUGGCCGAUCCAAAACACAAAUCAGUAUGGUCCCACGUUCGUUGCAAAAAAAUAUACCGAAUGAUUCUUCAAUUAAUUCAUCUCUUUGUGAAAAGCAGGAGGCAGUUUCAAAAGAUAAAGGACCUUCUACUGCAAUGAGUAACGAAGAGUUCCGUAAAUUUCUUUUAAAGCAUUAAAGAAUUAAAUCAAGAUAAAAGACUUAUCGAUUCUUGACCUAAAAAGACAAUCAUUCUUUCAACAAUGAAAAAGCUGUUAUAAUGAUUUGUUAUAUACGAUAUUAUAUUUGUUAUAUAUA